CAACACCAGCUCAAGUCCCGGAACGGAUCGCGAUAUUUUCGAGCCCACCUCGGUCCAGGUUUCCCGUGCGGCCCCGUCGUGUGUGUGUCUGUGUGUUUGUCCGUGUGUACACGUCCUCCACCCGCCGGAGUUCCUUGGGUCGAUUUUUUAUUGUGCAAAAACAGCAGAGGGGGAAAGGGAAGAAAAAAAAAGUAGUCUUCGUAAUUUCUGUUGACCACUUGGAGACAGUGAGGGGAACCUGUGCUAAGCGGAGUGGCCAUCGGCGGGUCGCGGGUGCGUGUGUGCCACAGUCUCUUUCGCUGUGUGCGUGGUUGUGCAGUUUUUUUUUUUCUAGUGAUUUCGAUUCUUUCGCGAGGCCCCCCCAGCAGCAGCUCAGCGUUGAAAGAGUAAAAAUCGUAAAACAUCAUUACGGUGGUGCGGUGAUAACUUUAGGUGACGUGCCGGAAGAUUCUCUCUUUCUGCCUCUGCGGGAGUUUGUGGAUUUCGAGAAGGCGACCAGAAGCUGUUCUUAGGAAAGAUUCGCGCGAAGAAAGUGACAAAAAAGAUCGUGUUCCUGCGCCAGGUGCAAUGUCUCCCAACUAGAUCCUGCUCCGAGAGGACCACCCACACCCCCGUUUUCGGCAGUUUUGAAAGUGCAAAGUGCUCUGAAAAUCAUACCGGAGGAAAAAAAAGGUGUAAUUCUAGUCGAAAAUUAUCUGGCAUUUCUAUUGAAAACGAAAAACGAUGAGUGCCAGCAGCACCAGUGCCACCGGAGCAGGGGGAACCGGUGGCCCCUCCGCGACCGUCAGUGCCGUCUCGACGCCGAUCAAUGCCGGAGCGCGGCCCGACUCGGCCCCGGCGCUCGGCUCGUCACAAGCGUCGACCCCGCCGAAUCCGGGCAGCUCCGCCGGUUCGGCCUCCGGGGGGAAGUUUCUUGAUCCCCGGUCGGCAGCGGCCGCUAUAACGACGGUGGUCAGCCCGCCGACCCCGGCCGACGAUCGGAAGAGCCGCCGGACGUCGCUGAUGGUGCCACUGCCCAAGCGGCCAUCGAUGGAGAGUCUCAGCCCCAGUCCGGGACCGGCGUCUCCAGGAAUCUCAGGAUGGAACGAAAGCAGUCCCAAAAUCGACUCCGGCUUUCCAGAUAAGCAAUCGAACAACGAUGCCGCCAAGCUAAAUCGCAAGGAAUCUUACAAAGCCCAACGAAAGAAUUACCGCCGCGAGAAGAAACGGGUAGCGUCGGAGCUGCUCAACUCCCUCCAGGAUCCGGCCGUCAUCGUCCUAGCGGACUGGUUGAAGAUCCGGGGCACGCUCAAGUCGUGGACGAAGCUGUGGUGCGUGCUGAAGCCGGGUCUGCUGUUUAUCUACAAGAGUCCGAAGACCAAGAGCAGCCACUGGGUCGGUACGGUGCUGCUGACGUCCUGCCAGGUUAUCGAGCGGCCCAGCAAGAAGGAUGGCUUCUGCUUCAAGCUGUUCCACCCGAUGGACCAGACGAUAUGGGCCCCGCGGGGACCGGAUAAGGAGACGAUGGGAGCCGUGGUUCAACCACUGCCCACGUCCUACCUGAUCUUCCGGGCACCCAGUCAGGCCGCCGGCAAGUGCUGGCUGGACGCGCUGGAGCUGUCACUGCGGUGUUCCGCCCUGCUGGUGCGGUCCGUUCCGGCCAUCGACAUGAGCGUUGUGGAAGACCUGGGAACGGCCAGCUCCACGCACGAGACCCAGUGGUCCGAAGCGGACUACGAGAAGCACUUUGACGAGCAUGUUCCCAAGUUGAAAGAGCACCUGAACUACCUGAUGAAGUACCUCCCGCCGUCGCCGCCGGACAAGCGGAACCUCCCGGUAGUCUCGAUCGAAAAGUCCCAACCCCGUAGUUCGUGUCCCUCGCCGACUCCCAUCUUCCAGCAGCUGUACCUGGCGGUGGCCCAUUGGGAGCGCUACCUGCGGGAUUCGCCGGAACUGUUUCCGCGGUCACCUGGACGAUUCGACGAGGACGAUCAGCUGCGCUCCGGGAUGCUUUCCCCGUCGGACGAUGUUUUUGACGAAGCGGGCGAUAUUGACCGACGGCGCAGUUCGCUGCAGGUUGGGUUCUCUCCGGCGCGGCAAGUCCACAUGACGCCGGGAGAAAAGCAACGUCGCCGAAGCAGCCCGGCAGAGUUUAGCAAAGCCAACUCGGGAAUCACGAUCCGGAUCUCUGACGGUCAAUAUUGCAUUGAGGAUUUGGACAUCGAUAGUCAGCCGGACCAGGGCACCCUAGUGAUGUCGGCCGGCGAGUCCGACUCGGAGUCGGACAUGGGCGAAGGCAUGGUGGAGGUGGAGGAGUUCCCGGAGACGCCGUACGUGCACUCGCCGGAGGAGGAGUUUGGUGCGGCCGGUGAACAAGUGGAGGAACUUCCGGAGGAGCACAAAAGCCUAAUCUGGUUCCUGGUGAAGCAGGUCCGACCCGGAAUGGAUCUGAGCAAGGUUGUACUGCCAACGUUUAUUCUGGAGCCGCGCUCCUUUCUAGACAAACUUGCGGAUUCGUACUACCAUGCAGAUCUUUUGUCAAAGGCCGUCUUGGAGGACGAUCCCUUCACGCGAAUGAAGACGGUAGUUCAGUGGUACCUGUCCGGGUUUUACAAGAAACCUAAAGGUCUUAAGAAACCGUACAAUCCCAUUCUGGGUGAAACGUUCCGCUGCUACUGGCAGCACGAGAAUGGCAGCCGAACGUUCUACAUUGCCGAGCAAGUCUCGCAUCAUCCUCCGAUUUCGGUGUUUUAUGUGACAAACCGACAGGACGGGUUCUGCAUCAGUUGCAGCAUUUUGGCCAAGUCCAAGUUCUACGGCAACAGCACGUCGGCGAUUUUGGAGGGAGUGGCCACGUUGACGUUGCUGCCCCGGGGAGAGAGUUACACGCUGACGGUUCCGUACGCUCACUGCAAGGGUAUUCUGAUGGGAACACUUUCGAUGGAGCUCGGUGGUAAGGUAUCGGUGGAGUGUGAAAACACCGGCUACAAGACGGAGCUGGAGUUCAAGCUGAAGCCGUUCUUGGGAGGUAACGAGUACAUCAACAUAGUCACGGGUAAGCUAAAGCUCGGUAAGGAAACGCUAGCUAGCAUCAACGGUCACUGGGACGGAGAGAUUCGGAUAAAGGACUCCCGAACGGGUGAAGAUUCGGUCCUUUUCAAUCCCACUACGGAAGUACGUGCCCAGCGGUUGAAGCGGUUCACCGUCCCAAUGGAAUCGCAGGGAACCAACGAAUCGGAACGACUGUGGCAACAUGUGGCCGCUGCGAUCCGAAGGGACGACCAAGUCGGGGCGACCGAAGAAAAGACCGCCCUUGAGGAAGCUCAGCGAAUCUCCGCCAAGGAAAGGAAGGCUACCUGCACUGAGUGGAUUCCGGGCUUGUUCCAGCAGGAUCUGGUCACCGGACAGUACCACUACAAGUAUGCCGACCUCCGCCCUUGGGAUCCGCGCAACGAUCUUCGCCAAUACGAGAGCAACUACCGGAUACAGACAAAGACGCGCCACCAAGCACCGAUGGUCCGGACGGCAUCCGUCGUCAGCUCGGAUCCGUUGAGUAUUUUGCAGGUCGAAUCGAGGGGCUCGCUGCGUAAGACCCGCGCUCUGACCGCGGGCGUGCUGAAGUCUCGUAAAAUCUCGUCCAACACGUCCACGCCGGAUCUAAUCGAUCCAAACUCGGACUCUAGUCACUCGAACGACGCCCACGACUCCGGGCUCUCCAACACGAGGGUUAUUCAAUCGCUGGACGAUAUCAACCGCAAGCUGGAGGAGCACUCGAAGAAGCUUUCGAAGCUGCAGCUGGACAUGGACAAGAUUUAUUGGGCGCCUAAGAACCAGGGUGGUAGCGCCCUCGGCGGUUUCGUAAGUCCGACCACCUUGCGGGGGAUCGCAUUUGGAGUGUUGGCGCUGUUGUUGCAAAUCUUUAUCGCAUGGUAUCUAACGAAACGGUCACUAGCGGCAGCCGCCGGAAGUGGUUCCGGUGGUGCUGGCAGCACUGGUAGUCAAUAGAAUGUUGUUUUGUUUUAUAUUUUCUAUUGGACAUUUUCUGUGUAAUUUUUAGUAUCAAGAACAAUCAAUAAUCGAAACAAUUGCCAACUGCUGGAAGCAGGACAGUUUUGAAGGGUUUAUUUAAGGGGAACAGGAGAGGAGAGUGGUGGAUUAGAAAUAACAGAAUAUUACUUUAAGUCAAUAGCUAAUCGCCGUUAUAUGACAGCUUUCUUAAAUUUCCAAUAUUUGGUGGAAAACUUAAUAUAGCACACUUCAUAGAGCUUCAACAUGUUAAAAUAAACAAACUUGUGAUUUCUUAUCAAACUUUCGAAAAUAAUAGAUCACGAUAAAAUAAAGACUUUUCAGUAAAUUUUGACAGAACUCUGUUCCAGCGUUCGAUCGAAGCGAUUCGUGUGACGUUUCUACUCGAACGCAUCCCUUCGGGACCAUCCAUAAACCACGUGGACACUUUUUUGGGAAUUUGAUACCCCCCCCCCCCUCGUGGACAAUUGCUCAUACUUUUUUGUAUGGAUCGUGGACAAUCGCCAUACCCCCCCCCCCACCCCUAAAGUGUCCACGUGGUUUAUGGAUGGUCCCUUCCGAGGGAAGUGCAAUCGCAAGGUUUUAUGCGAACGCUGGAAUAACUCAGCGCAUAAUAAUGACAAAAUUGACAGAAUCGUCUACUUACCUGGUGGCGAAUAACCACAUUCUCGGCUAUAGUCACCUGAAUCACAUUAACAGCAACAUCUACUUACCACUGCUCAGCACACAACACGAUGUCAGCACUUCACUUACCUUUUGUUAGUUUUCAUUGGCUCAUCGAUACCUUGAUUCUGAACUCCGUUUUAGAAAAGCACAUCCCAAACGCAAUCGGUAUUACUAGUUGGUCGAUGGUAGUAAGCACAGAGUCGCACUUGAGCUGUUGCAGUCAAGACACCUACCCCUCUACUUAAACAGUCAAGAUACAAACCAUCAGCACGUAUUCACCACUCUGACAAAGUAACUCCAGCUUUUAGCGGAUAUCCUGUGGAAAGCUUUGUCAUUUCCUCCCUUCUUCCAAAACGUUAUCUACUCUACAUUCCGUUAGGUUUUUGACCUAAACAUAAAGCAUAGAGACAAAGCUCUUCAUUUGCUGAGAAUAUCGAAGAAUCUGUGGUUAGUGGGGUUGCAGAAGGACCUCUGUAGUGAAAAAGAAACAGUUUAAAAAAGCUUGAGCAAAAACAAUUAAAUGAAGAAUAAAUUAUUAGGUCAUUGAAUGAACAAAUCAACACACUAACGCACUUACAACAAUUAGUCACACGGUAAUCGAAUGCAAUAAAGGAUAAGAUUGAAAGAGGACGGAGUGCAGUGCAGUGAGGGAAGAGAAGAGAAAAGUUUAGGCUGGAGAAUUGCGCCCACUAAAACUGUUUGAAACUUUGGGACGUUAACUGUGUAAUAUUUCAUAAUUUGCUUCCUAAGUUUACCAGUAAAUCCUUGGUAGGUUCUACCUUACUUCAUCCUACUUUAAGUGUAUCUGUUAAGUGGAAUUAUAUUGCAUAACCGAAGGUUUCCUCCACCCCAUCACAAAAUGGUUCAAGUUUUGGUGUAUAUUGUGUAAAAUGGUGAAAGCCACAUAAAGUUUAAGUCAGGUAAAUUUAAGUAAAGCACUAAAUUUAAACAGUGCUUAAAUGCAAUCGUAACUAACCCAUGUUUGCCAUUUAUUGAAUCCUAACCAUUUACAACAAACUACAGGAAAUUAUAAAAUGUUAAACCAGCACCGAAGGUUUAAGUUCACUGGUUCUAACACGCGAACAUUUGUUCGGAUUUGGUUUGGAAAGCAUCGUUAUUUUUUAGAGCGCGAAAAACAUUAUAUCGAGAAAACAAUCAAGCAGUUCAGCGGUAUUGAAAAUAUACAUUAACAUGUAUUUGUGCUGGUUAUUUGGAAACGUUUGCUUUGCAAGAAAUAAUAAAACAUACACAUGAAAACACACUUAAAAACACUUACACAAACAUGCCCACACAAAAGGGAAAAUAACAAAUUAUAUGAAUUCAAUUGUUACUGAAUGCGAAUAUAAAACUAAAAUGGUUACAUUA